UCUCUCUCUCUCUUCUCCUCCCCUUCGCGUACUGUGAAUCUGAUCCCCGAAAUCUAGGGUUUUACUGCAUCAGCACAAAUCUCACUGGGUCAAGCCCGAGUCCUGGCAUUUGAUCGAAUUCCCACUCCCCCCGGAUCGGUCAAUUGAGUUUCAAGCUUAAUUCAACUCGCAAGUAUUGCACAAUGGCGAGCUUUUGGCAAUUGGGCGAUGACCUUCGAGGACAAGGAAAGGUCUCUGAGGAUCAUGAGUGGUUUAUGGUUGCUUCUAAAUUGGCUGAGCAGACGAGAAUGAAGGGCGAACGCAUGAAUAACCUUGAUCUUUCAAAGGGUCCAUCCGAAGUAAGGAUGGAAAAGUUUGGCUUCCAGGAGGACAACAAGUAUGAGAGUCUCAAAUUUAACAUGUUGAGCUUGGACUCGAAAUUUGCGGAUAGUGCAAGUAAAAUGUCCUUUGGAAAUAGUUCUGCCAAUGUCAAUCCCAUGUACCAGAAGAUAAAUCCAAUUCAGAAUAACAUCACCGGGAUGAUUGCUAACAAGCACGGAGCUAAUAUUAAUAUCAGAAGCAAGGAGCCGCAAAACACCAACAACAAUAACAACAGUAACAGCAAUGAUAGCAACAAUGCAGCUGAGAAAAGGUUCAAGACUCUGCCUGCCACAGAGACUCUUCCAAGAAAUGAAGUGCUUGGAGGAUACAUAUUUGUGUGCAACAAUGAUACUAUGCAGGAAGACUUGAAACGCCAGCUCUUUGGUUUGCCUCCAAGGUACCGAGAUUCAGUCCGGGCCAUAACACCAGGCUUACCCCUGUUUCUUUACAAUUACACCACUCAUCAGUUGCAUGGUAUUUUUGAGGCAGCUAGUUUUGGUGGUUCUAACAUUGAUCCAACUGCAUGGGAGGAUAAAAAGUGUAAAGGCGAAUCAAGAUUCCCUGCUCAGGUAAGAAUUUGCAUUCGGAAACUAUGCAAGGCAUUGGAAGAAGAUGCUUUUAGGCCUGUCUUGCACCAUUACGAUGGCCCAAAGUUUCGCCUUGAGCUCUCAGUUCCUGAGACCCUGGAGCUUCUGGACCUUUGUGAACAAGCUGGUUCCGCAGCAUAAGCUCAUACAAGUCGGGUUGAGCGUUAGGCCUCGUGCUUAAUGAAUAUGGUUUUGGUUUGAUCGAAUUUACAGAGGUGGCACGAGCUUGGGAAAAGAGAGAUCUUUGUAGGUUUCGAAGGAAACUAGCUUGAAACGUGUGAGUCGCCUGAAUAAGUGCAUCACUCUGUGUGAGAACUUAUCUACAACUGUUGUACUAUAUAUCCUUUCUAUGUAUCUGUCAUUUGUAUAGCUCUAUAGAAUGGAGAUAUGCGAGAGACGUAUCGUGUUCGAAGUCCUCCAAAGCUCCCUGUUUUCUGUUUGUUUUUCCUUCCCUCCUCCCGUGCCAUUUCAUUGAAGAGCUGAAGUGGAAAUUUCCAAGUUUGUAGCUGGUGCUGUUCUUGUUACUACUGUUCCGGAUUAGGCAAUGCUUAAUGUUAUAUUUUGGUGAAUAAAAGUUGGAAUUCUGUUGUUUUA